ACACAAGGAGCUGAGCCGGUGCCAUUUGCAGCUCGCUCUGUGAUUGGCCCGUGUCUGCAGCAGCUCAGCACCUCCCCGCCUCUCUAAAGGACAUUAUAAUGCAGGGGGACCCCCUUUUUAAGCACAAACCGAAUUUUCCUUCAUUUAGCUCAUCUAUAUCUAUCUAUGUCAUUUUCUUUUUCUACUGAAUCGUUAAACAGCCGGCAGGAUUUGGGGGGGACAGGCUUUCGCCCUGGAGCGGUGCGCGAUGCUGUCUCACGCCGACCUCCUGGACGCCCGGAUCGGAAUGAAGGACGCGGCUGAGCUGCUGGGCCACCGGGAGGCGGUGAAGUGCCGUCUUGGGCUCGGAGGUUCAGACGCGGUUCACCCCGGGGAUCUGAGCAGCAAUGGAGACCAAGUGGAAGGUGCCACCCUACUGCCCGGGGACGACAUCACCACUGUGGGCUCCAAUCAGUCCUCACUGGCGGUCAGCUCCAAAGACCCAGACAAGCAGCAACAACAGCCCAACCCAAACCAGACAGGUCAACAGCAGGGACAACAGCAGAGCCAGAAACAGAAGCGACACCGGACCCGGUUCACCCCGGCCCAACUCAACGAGCUGGAGAGAAGCUUCGCCAAAACCCACUACCCAGAUAUAUUCAUGAGGGAAGAGCUGGCCUUACGGAUCGGCCUCACGGAAUCCAGAGUCCAGGUUUGGUUCCAGAACAGACGCGCCAAGUGGAAGAAGCGCAAGAAGACCACCAAUGUGUUCCGCGCCCCCGGGACCCUCCUGCCGACCCCCGGACUGCCCCAGUUUCCAUCCGCCGCGGCCGCGGCAGCAGCAGCGAUGGGCGACAGUCUGUGCUCUUUCCACGCUAACGAUACCCGCUGGGCUACAGCCGGCAUGGGCAUGUCUCAGCUCCCACUCCCCCCAUCUCUGGGCAGGCAGCAGGCCAUGGCGCAAUCUCUGUCCCAGUGCAGUCUGGCCGCCGGCCCCCCUCCCGGCUCCAUGGGUUUGUCCAACAUGGGCUCCAAUGGGUCUGGGCUGCAGUCGCAUCUCUACCAGUCCUUCCCAGGCAUGGUGCCCACCUCACUGCAGGGUCCAAGCAACGUGUCGGGCUCCCCCCAGCUGUGCAGCUCCCCGGACAGCAGUGAUGUUUGGAGGGGGUCCAGCAUUGCCUCCUUGCGCCGCAAAGCACUUGAGCACACAGUCACUAUGAGCUUCACUUAAUAUUUCCCUCCCUUCAGCCAUCAGCCAUCCCCUCUCUCACCCCAUUCAUUCCCCGACUCCCCUCUAUUCGCCUCGGUAAUUGGUGGGUAAUGGAGGUCUGUAAGGUUAAGUUUUUGGGACCCCCCAAACAAUUGAUGACAAAACCGAGACCCUGACUGUUGGGGCAAAGUCGCAGAACAACAGUAACUAGCAUGAAAGAACUAAAGGGAUGGUUCACUUUUGAGUUCAUUUUUAGUAUAUUGUAGAAUGGCCAUUUCUAAGCAACUUUUCAAUUGGUCUUCAUUAUUUAUUUUUCAUAUUUUUUGUAUAUAUAUUUUUUAUAUAUCUGCCAUCUGAUUUGUCCCAGCUUGGAAAUAGGGGUCACUGACCCCAUCUAAAAACAAAUGCUAUGUAAAGCUACACAUUUAUAGUUAUAGAUGUUUUUGUUCUACUCAUCUUUUUAUUCAGAC